AUGUCCCAUUCUGCGUACGUAAGUCGUAUAGCAGCUAUGAACAGACUAAGAGCGCCUGUGGCCUUCAGACCAGGCGUCAUGCUGCAGAGGCCAUAUCCUCAGCGAGUUAUUCAAAGUGCCACAAGACGAGCACCGUAUAUAGUUUAUAGAAAUACUCCAAACAAUCAUAGAUUCGCCGUGAAGCACGUGUCCCCUAAUCCGGUCCGAAAUGUGUUUGGUCCUUGGAAGACGACUCGUAUACCAUUCACCAUGUCAAGCCCUACUCCUGGAGUAUUCAUCAGAUCUGCCUCACCUUCACCAGUGAUAAAUGCUGAUGGUACAGGUGCUAUCCACACGAUCCCAGCCCCCAACCUCAGCCUGUCGGAGAAACCAAUUGUGGUCAUCGAUUCGUCAGAGAACAGUCGUAAACAAGAACAGCAACAAAGGACGUAUGAAGUGACAGAAAAAUAUUCUGAACAACCAUAUCAAUCAAGCCCAAAAAUUGAUACGCCAAUAGGAUUCUCCAAGGCGUCGGCCGUACCAGCUGAUGAUUUACAAAAAAUCGUACGACAAAAUACAGCUUUACAAUUACCUCCAGAAUACACAUUACCUGUACAGUUUUCGCAACCAGCUAUUCAACUACAACAAUCAUCAAUAGUCCCUCAGCAAUUUACAUUUCAGGGAUUUCACACAGUAUCAAAUCAACAAGAAGUCGUAAAUAGGGAACCAGAUCAUAUAAUUAUACCCCAAAACGCCUUUUUCCCUCCGGAUGCAUUAUUUAUGCAGAAUUUCCAGACGCAAUUUGUACAUCAAUUUCCUCAAGCUGAGUUUGUUCCUUACACACCAGAAACUCAAACACAAUAUCAGACACAACCCACGGAAUCACACACUGAACUAUUAUUGUUGCAAAACGAAGAAAUAACGAGGCAAACUCCAUCGGCUUUCGUAUCAAAUGAUGCACAUAAAACUGUUGUUCAAAGAGAAACUCAGGAAAGUUCGUUUUCUAUAAUACCAAAAGGAUUUUCCUCUAAGAAUGUUUCAGAAAAUUUAAUAGAAACAGAAGUCACAUCACCUAUUACUGAAAAUAUAACGUCAUAUGUAACUCCAACUACACCACAAACACAAACUACUCCUACUAGUAAUAAUUUAGUUGAAACCAUCACUGAACCUAUCAAAACAACGCCUAUAUUCUAUGCUCAAAUAGGACAAAGUGUUGGGAAUGUGAUCGCAAAUGGAUUUUACUCAGCAAUUAAUGAUGUAAGAGCUGCCGCUGAAGCUAAUAUGGUUAAUAGGAAUGAUACUGUUGAAAGAAAUGAAACAGUAUCGCAAUCAACAACAACUACCACAACAACGACAACCACAACAACUUUUACUCCUUCUACUGAAGAAACAACAACACAAAGUCUUGAAAUCAAGCCUUUGGCACAAAACGAUAGGAAAACAGAAAGCAAAACAAGAGAUUUGUCCAAAUUAAGUCUAGGGUCACCAUUUGAAAAACCAGCUCCAUCUCUAAAUGUAGCCUAUACUUUACUAAGAGCUAAUGAUAAACAGCCAAGAGUCAAUCAAGAUGGCGAAGUUUUUGCCGGACAACUUGUAGAAGCUAAAAUAACCGAAGAUCAAGAAUUCAAUAAGGAAAAGGCUAGUUUAUUAAAUAGAGCACCAGUGAAAUUGUUCGCCGAGAAGAGAGUAUCUGAUUCAACACCAAAACAAACAGUGGUCAAAGCUAAAAUUCCACCAAAAAGUAAACUAAUAUUUGAUGACAAGACCGGGGAACCAGUGCUGCGAGUGUAUGCCAGUUACAUUGAUAGUCCAGUACAGAAAGAAAUAAUAACAACUAAACUAUCAAACAUGAAACGUCAUAAGGAUAAAGAUCCAACUAAGAAGCAAGAUUCUAACGUUGACUGGAAAGAAGACGAUAUUAAAAAUGUAGAGACGUCAUUUCCUGACUUCGAACAAGAAACGCAAUUUGGUCUCAAACUUAGGUCAAGAAGUGAUCAUUACGUACCUAUAUUUGAUGACUAUGAAGAAUAA